AUGCUUCGCACUGCGCAUAUCUUGCAUCAUCAAGCUCUAGAAGUGAUAUCACUCGCUGAAGGUCAGAGUUCAUUAUUUAAGCUUAAUAAUCAACAGGACAGCAUGUUUCCGCAAAUUCAGAAUAAAGUUAAUGGUCAAAUGAUGAACUUCAAUAAUAUCGUAAUGAUAUCAAUCAUUGAUGAAUUGUUAAGUAAACAAGCUUACUUUGUAGAAUUUCAUUCAAUGAAUUUGACGAAUGAAGUGCCCUUCGAAGGAGUCGAUAACUACGUCUGUGUGCCGCAUUCAUGGGUGAUAAUAAAAAGGUCGACAGACAACAAGGUCUUUGUUGCCUACCCAAAUCAAGAAGAUCUCUUUGACACAAGAGAUCGUGUUAAGAGAAACGAAAACUGCAUCGAGGAAUGGAAGUGUUAUAUGGCCGAAAUUAGGUUCGAAACAUCUGCUCAAUCAAAGCCAACGACGGACAGAAAAUUAACGAGUAGUAGUCGAAGCUAUUUGUCGAAGUUCACGAAAAAUAAACCUCAGCUAACACCAAAAACGAUUAAGAAUCUUCAGAUGUUUCCGGCGAAAAUGUCACUGAAACUGGCAGCACGACCAAAAGCCGCGGAACAGCGUGAUGAAGGGCAGCGAAUACAGGAUAAUGCCGGGUGUUCAAAGGCAAAACAAUCUGCUAUAAUUGGAGAGCUUGAUCGAACAAAAGCAACUGUUGCAUCAUCCAGCGACAAACCUGCCUCUUCUCAGCUCACAAGUGAAAAGCGUUACCGAUCUUCACCAGUACCUCAAGCCAAAAAGCAGCUCCCAAGUUUGCCAAUUAUAGAUGUUGAUACAGCGACAGAAGUCAUCGGUAUUGACAAAGAAGACGAGUUGCAAGAAAAACAGCAGAGUGAAGCGAAUACCGACAGCCAAAGUCAACGUGCUAAUAAUCUGUCGGCUACAUCAGUGGCACCACCACAACCUUCUACGUCAAUUCAGCAGUCUCCUCAUUCGGCUCAUCAUGAUCAUCGAAAACAUUCGCAGGACGGGAAAAAUUCACACAUUGUACCGGUAAAAACAGAAGUUCAAUCUGUUAUAGAAAAUGACACCAAUGAAACACCAUGUAAUGUUAGAAUUUUAUAUAACGAGCCAAAUACUUCUCACCUUCUACCUAAAUCUCCAAAAAUGAGCGCCCAACUGUACGACCAUGUGAAUGAGAGACCGUCUAUGAUACCGAUGCAUGAGCUAGUUGGGAAGCGAAUACGUCUUGCGAAUUCUGAGAGACUUAUGGCCAUUGCCGCGCAGAACCCAUCAAAUCUGAUGGACCAAAGAAGAUCAUCACCACCAGAGAAACAGAAACCACCUGUGAAUAUUCCAGAUUUCGGAAUAAAUAUUGGAAAAUCCUUCAACAUGAAUGCUCUAGAUCCAAAGGUAGUUCUUGAGAGAAUCGAUGAUGUCGCAUCCGUUGUACAGCACACUCCAAGCUUACCUCAUCAACGUCCUAGCUUCGUCCGACGAGUAAAUAAACGACGAUAUUCACCACCUCUAAAACAAUGUCAGCAGCAGCCAAUGGAUGUUCCAGAAACACUUCAACGACGCAGAGGAUCGCACAGUAUCACUCAGAGAACUGAUCUUGAAGAACUUUCGAUGCGUGAAGCAUCUUCUGUGCAGCGUCUUUCUAAUCCAGCUGCUAACCAGCCGAGUAAGAGUGCCCCGCAAUCUUAUCAAGGCACUUUCCAUCAAGAAAAAAAUCAAGAUCUACGCAGGGUGUAUCCGAACUCAAACUUCUCACUACAAAGACAGCCGCCACAGUAUUAUCCAGAUACACAACGAUACACAUAUAUACCAGACUUGCAGCGAUUAGAAACAAGAGUUCAAGGAAAACCAAUCGACCGCAAUCCAGGUUCUGAAAUUCCCUCUCAAUACAUCAUACCACCAGCAGCAGCAGGUGAAUUUCGCAGCUUGGAAGGGCCAUCGUAUUCAUCCCAACAAUAUCGAAGAGAACUAUUAAGAUCUGGUAGUGAUAAUCUGCAUCAGCCCUUUCUGCCACACCAACGAAUGCCCUAUCAACUUCCUGAUAUGGCUAUGAAACAAGUUCUCUCCGAAAGUAACAUUGCCAACUCAUCUACCGUACGAAGCCCCCCAAGAUCAGCGGAUCAUAUUCGUCAUACCGAUAAAUGUAUGAAAGUAGACCCUGUAUUUCCUGACAAAGUACUUUUCCACAUCCUAAAGUUGCUGUGGAUCAUGAAGUCCUUUCAGAGCAAGAGACGUUUACUAGCAAUGCUGACUAUGCAGGAAUUUCAGGUAAACAAGACUCUGCAUCAUCAAAGAAACAGCUACAUGCUAGAAUCGUUUUAG